AUGAUGCAACCGUCGUCGGAUAGCUCGGUGUCAUACCACUACUUAGCCGACGACUUGAAUCUGACUUCCGGGCCUGAAGAAUACCGCUGGGCUCUCCGGUGCGUCACUUUGCUGGCUGGGUGUAAUACUGACGACGUUCGCUGUACUCUGGGGGAGUUCACGUUGGGUCAGUGCAAUGGGAAAUACGAAGCGCUGUCCUACACUUGGGGCGAUCCGAAUGACACGACUCAGAUCUAUCUUGACGAGGAGCCCUUCAGCGUCACGGCAAACCUCAAAAGUGCGCUGCAUUGUCUGCGCCUGCUUGACAAAUACCGAUUGCUGUGGACGGAUUCGAUUUGCAUCAAUCAGGACAAUGUCUCAGAAGUCAACAUCCAGGUUCAAAGAAUGUGGGCCAUCUACAAGUAUUCUUCGAGGGUAGUUGUUUUCCUCGGAAGGGAGGCGAAAGGCACAACAAGCGUUGCUGGCCUGCUCACAAGGCUAACAGUAGAUGUUUCGCCAAAAGACUAUCGAGCUAUCACUUCAAUUCUUCAAGACAAAUCUGAAGCAGCCUCGUGGAAAGCUUUGGACGAACUCAUGAAACGGCCCUGGUGGAGCAGAGCAUGGAUCGUCCAGGAAUUCGCUGUGCAUCGAGAGGUUGUCUUCAUAUGCGGGACAGUUGAGAUUCCCGAAAGCAUUUUUGGAAGUGCACUUGAAAUCUUGGUCGGCUACAGAUUCAACGCCAUCGUGCCCAAGCCGCUACAGUACUUCGUCCGGCACAUAGCUUCAACACCCAUCAGUCAUCUAUGGACUGUCAGAAGGGCGUACCAGAAAUACGGCUUAGACGAAAGAAUGCGACAUCCGGCAAAUAUGCUGUACCGGUUCCGUGACUUCGAAUCUUUCGAUCCCGGGGAUAAGGUUUACAGUCUUUUUCGCCUCAUGGGUGAGGACGCUGAUCUGAAACCAAAUUACAAUAGGUCGGUGCAAGAACUUUACAAAGACGUGCUGAAGACAUUCGAUCACGAGAUUUUCCACGACAACGCCGUUGUCUUCCGCCGCCUUGAAGCCAUCGAGACUGAAAUAUUAAGGCGCUUGAAGGCCAACUCUGGGGCCGAAAAGAAGCCCUGGUCUUCACUAGACUCCUUACGCGCAACGCUCGUCGGAUCUCGAAUAAGGAAGAAAGGGCCGUCUCAAAAGGCCACAGUUCUCAGCCCCUCUGACGCCGGUAAUCUUUGGCAUGUCUGGUACGAACACAUGAGGAACCAGACUUCAAACGAGUUGCGUUGA